AUGACGCCGCAGUAUGCCCAGAAUGAGAUUGCCAUCCGAGAGAUCUGCUCUGGCAUUGGAGCCCUCGGCAGGUCUCUAUCUCCUGACGUUACCGGCACACUGGCGAGUACAGCAUACCGUCAAGCCUUGGAGCACUACGGCCGCGCCGCCAAUGCCGUGUUCAGCGUUAAAGCAACGACACGCGAUCUGCCGAGCGUAGUCCUAACGUCGUUGCUGUUCACCACCUUUGAGAUGGUGGCUGGAAAUACCGAGUCCGCCUCGAAGCACCAUAACCACUCCGUCGCCAUGAUGGAGCAGCACAUCGACUUCAGGAUCGAGAACGAGAAGGUCCCGUUCGAGAAGCUCAAAUUCUCCCAGCUGGAGACGGCCGUGUUCGACUGGCUACUGAGACAUGAUACCCACCCAUGGGCACUUAGCUUCGGCUCAGAGAGCAUACGAAUCAUGGCCCCGGCACGGAAAUUCCCGAACUGCAGACAUAGGUGCACUAUGCAGGACAUGCCAGAAAGCUUUGCAACCAUCUCCCAGGCCACAUCUUGGUGGCACGUCACGCAGCACGCCAUGCUGCACCGCCUCCACGAGCUCAAGAUCAAGACCCCGGAGGCCCUUGAGGACAACGGCGCCUCCAUCUGGAGAGAAUGCGCCGAUUUGCUGCAAACCUGGCGCGCGAGAUUCGUCCCGCUGCUGCAAGCCUCUAGACAGCAACGUGAUCGCGACUAUCACCGCUGGUUCAGGGCCAUGGCUCUCGAGGCCCUCUACGCCGAGUGCCUCUCAGCCAUCUACGCCCGGCACAGGCUUGACACCAACGUCCUCCCGGCUGUGACGCCCUUGUACCUGGAAAUUGUCCGGUACGCCAUGCGAAUGGCCAAAGAGCAGCGAUUCAACGGCCUUGAGACGCUGGUCGUGGAGAACAACCUCGUUCGGCCGUUGGCGUGCGUACUGUACAAGUCGAAGGACCCGGAAGUCGUCCGGGAGGUAAUGGGUUUACUGAAGGAGCUCGUCGGAGGCGUAGGCAUAGCAGAAUCAUUGCUUUUCAUGUUUGGGUGCCGGGAGAAGAAACUACCUUUGCGAGCGCUCGAGAGGGGUUGGGGUUGGUCUUUCACCUCGGCUGGGAUUACUUCGGGUGCCAGCUUGCUCGAAUACCUGGAUUGA